AUGUGUCGAUUCGAGCUUCUUGGAAGCGGACUUUUGUACUGGCGACGUCAAAAGUCAAGACAGAACAGAGACCUGCCUUAUAGGCUGGUGAUGCUCCACGAGAUCCUCCUCUCCCUCUCGGGGCAGCAAUCGUCUCUCUUCAGCUUCCAAACCGAAGAAGAUGCCGUCUCUGAAGAAUCCUUUCCGCUUCUUUCACCCCCAGAAAAAGCCCUCCUCUCCUCCCUCUCCCGUUUGAGUCGUCUACAUGCGGAACUCCGAUCUCAUACAACUGUGAUUUCCUCGUCGCAUCCUUCUGUUAUAUGUCGGGCUGUCUCAACAGCCAUUCAUGGUCAUCAUCUCGGAGCGUUUCAAAAGAAAAUCCUAGAGGUUGAGAAGGGAAUCCUGGUUGAAGAUAGCGGAUAUGUAGGAGGUUACGGCAUUGUCCCGUUAGCGACCAUUGUGGGGGAAUUUUCCCCUUGGACACGGCGAUUAGAAUGGCUUUGGGACGUUAUUCGAUUUAUACAGCCCGUAAACAAGAAGGGAGGCUCCCAAAGCUGUACAGGUGCACGAUUGAUUGACCAUCUUCGGGGAGAGACACAGACAGGGUAUGUUGACCUCGAAGAAAUAGCGUUACACUUGGUUAGUGCGGCCGAAACAGCAUGGAUGAGGCAGUUAUCUACAUGGCUUUUAUACGGGAACCUACCUAUUCUGGGCAAGGAUGAUUUCUUCAUUCAAAAGGACAACACUAGUGAGACCGAUCGCACUUCUUCUGCUACCGAAUUCGUCAUUCAUACAGACUUGCUCCCUCAAUUCGUUUUACCCCACUCAGCAUCAUCGAUCUUAUUCAUCGGAAAGACUUUAAAUCUCAUUAGAGCGAAACGCGGCCCUUCUGCUGAAAAUACCUCUUAUGGGCUCUUGACCUCUCCGGUCACACUUCAUGGCGAACAUAUCAACUACCUUGCGUCUUUAAAAUCGCCUAUAUCAGUCUCAAGGCUGUCCAACGCUAUCGAUUCGAUUCGAUUGUCUUUAUCUCAAAGCACACUCUCUAAAUUACUUCCUCUGCCUAAGAUUCUCGAGACUCUCUCACUUUUGCAUGACUUUUUACUCUUGCGACGCGGUGAAUUUGCCACCGCACUCGUGUCGCAUGCUGAUGCCCGCCUACGGGAAAGGCAGCAGAGAUCUGAGGCUAUGGCUUCUAGAAACAUAGUAUCCGGCGGCCUGGAUGGCCUUGCUAUCAAGGAAGGUGAUGUGGCGGCUACUCUCACGAACACCUGGGCUGAGCUUUACUCCUUACAAAAUGAAGAAGAUCCUGCAGAUGACGAGCUCGACCUUGCAAGAGACCUUCUUCGACUAUCGACCAAUACAAAGGGCUAUGGCCAAAUUCCAGCGUCACAGUCCGACGGAGCCGGAGCCGGAGCCGAGUUAAUGGCGGAGACUUCGGAUGUGCCUUUCGACGACCUUCUGUUUCCAGCUCCAACAUCCCUUUUGGUGCAAGCCCGACCUCCUCUUGAUCUGUUCCUCUCUACUUCAGAUAUUUCGGUUUAUUCAAAAGUCCACUCCUAUUUGUUAGGUAUCCGGCGGGCUCAAAUUCGCUUGGGUGACCUUUGGAAACACACACCGAUUCGCAGAUGUUAUCCUUCCCCUUGGGGCCCUCCCCGGAGCAACGGCGCCUUUGGGCAGAGCAGGCUUCGAAUGGGGAGACAAAGGGACAAUGCUAGAAUCUCUCAGAUGCGGCCGAUUUGGGCAACAAGUAGCGCGUCCCUUUUCGUAGUGUCAGAGAUCGGGAGUUUUUUCCAAGGAGAAGUUGUCAAUGAAUCGUGGCAACAUUUCCGUGAGUGGAUUGAAGCAGGCACGGUAGUAGACACCGCGUCCCUUUCAGGUUCUCGACCGGGAACUGCAGCGUCAGGGAAAGGAAAGCCUCUUGACAAUUCAGCCGUGUCUGGCGAUAAACCCUACGAAUAUGGGAUCGAUAGCCCCAGCCGGAGACGGCAUGACCCCGAGACUUUAACAACCGCCCACCGACAGUACCUCUUCGCUUUGGUCCAGUCACUAUUCCUAACGGACCCGCCGUUCACCCGCGCCUUGCGGGACUUACUUAGCAAAGUCGAUCAUUUUAUUGCUUUCGUGAUUCGUUUGGAAGCCAUCCAACGUAACAUGGACCUGGAAACCGACGAAGGGGUGGUAGAUGCGUUGGUCGACUACGCGAGUGAAGAGAGAGAGGUAUGGCAGGCGCUGCGAAGUGCCCGAGAGGAUGUCGAAGCAGGAAUCAAGGAAGUUGUGGCCCGAUUGCGGGACAUCGAUGACAGCCGAGCCGAAGAGGGACGAAAGAUGUUCGACCUGGCGAAGAACAAUGCGCACAGAAACUGGUCGCUUGCCCAAGCAAAUGGCAGCCCGUACGUGCCACGCAAGGCCGCAGGAGUCGAUAGACUACUGAUGAAACUGGACUUUGGCACUGCAACUGGUAAUUGAUUGAUCAGGGUUUUAUGAGAUAGAUCGGAGUAUGGUAUGGUAUUUAUGUAUACGGAGCCUAGCGAUGAUGAGUUACGGCGUUUAACCAAUGAUGACGACGAAGUAUUUUACUAUACAACGAGGGUUACGGAGACUUCAAAAUGCUAAUAAGUAUCUUUUUCUUGC